UUGUAUGUAUGUAUAGUCAGAGUCAGACAGUCAGUCAGUUUGUGUACUAAAUAAUACUAAACUCUAAUAGCAUUACAACCAAACACUUCCCCAUCACUGGACUGACUGAAUGAAUGACAAGACAUAUAUAAUAUUAAUAUAUAUAUCCCGACAAUAAUAGCCAAAUAUGGUGGCCAUCAAUGAGUGUUGACACCCGACGGAAGCGAUGAUAAUGAUUGACAAUAGAUUUAAGACACCAUUAGAUGAUAAUAUGAAAAGAAAAGACAAUGCAUUUCUCCAUUAGUGACACUCAACUCAUUAAAGAGCAAAACAAUUCAUAUGUGACAUACAGUAUUGCCAUCAAUGGUGUACAUCACUGUUCGUUAAGAUACAGACAAUUGUUUAAUUUUCACCAACAGCUGAAGAAGACAUUCGGUACCAAUAGUUUGCCAUUGUUUCCGCCGAAAAGGUUUCUUCCGUUGACGGCAUCGCAAACUGAAGAACGAAGGGCUCAGAUCGAGAAAUACAUACAAUUCGUUAGUCAAGACCAGAGGAUAUCAAACAGUGAACUAUUCAAUGGAUUCUUCCUAAAUGGUCAACAAGAGAGCCAAUCGGUGGCAAUAGAGGAAGUGAUUCUGGAUGUAUAUCAUCCGAAUCUGCACUCCAUUAAAGUGAAAGUGUAUUCAACGGAUCGGACGGAUGUGGUCUUAGAUGCUGUGGCAAAGUCUCUGGAUUUGUCACCGCAAUUGGUUCCCUAUUUCAAUCUAUUUGUUGUCCAACGAUUGGACAGCGAUUGUAUUCCCAAACGAAAACUUCAUAACUUUGAGUCACCUUAUCUAACGAUGAAGACAAUGAAUUCCGUGGACAACAAUCACGUUAUUAUCAUUAGAAAGUCUUAUUGGGAUCCGGUUUUCGAUGACGAUCUCAUCAGCGACAGGAUUGCCAUCAAUGUUCUGUAUUUGCAGACAUUGUACGACAUCGAGAAAGGCUUGAUUGAGGCCAACAAAGAUAUCCGACGACAGUUGUCUUCACUUCACGCCAAAGGUUCCAAACAAGAUUACUUGCAAUUGGCGCGAACUCUCAAGUAUUACGGAUAUAUACACUUUCAGCCAUGUUUUUGUGAUUACCCGCAAAACAAUACUCGAGUAUUGAUAGCGGGCGGCGGUAGAGAAUUAAACCUAAGAGCUUAUACACCAUCGGAACAAAUGAAAGAAUAUAGUUUCCGAGUAACUCGUAUCCGGUGUUGGCGAUUGACCACUUCAUUGCAGGACAAUCUGAACGGCUGUGCGCUCAAUGCCAACGGCAGCGACAGUAAUGGUGUUGGCAGUAGUAGUAGUAGUAGUGGUGGCAGCAGUUGUCAAACAAAUAGUAGUACAUCCACUACAAGAUAUGAGCUUUCAUUUGAAUAUCUUCUAAGUAAAGACCAAUUACAGUGGAUUACAAUAAUCAGUGAUCAGGCUAUUUUAAUGAGCGUUUGUCUACAAGGAAUGGUCGAAGAGUUGCUAAUGAAAAGAAAUGGUAAGAAAUUGUGUCGUCAGGAUAUGACACACAAUAGUGGUUGCGUUAACGGGAAUAAUAAUAAUAGUCGAAGGGGUUCCUGGAGUUAUAUGAAACGAGACGGCAGUAGCCAUCAAAUAUCGCUACCGAGAAGUGUGUCCACUGAUACUGAUCUGACAAACAAUUCAAGUGCCGCCGACUUUCGUAGCCGAGUGAGUAAGUCGUUGUCUUCUUCUUCAUCGACGGCUUCUUCUUCUACAUCGCGUACCAACAGUUCGCACUCCAAUGGUUUGCCUGUAAAGUCGCGACACUUUGUUGAAAACGAUGCCUUCAAUGGUAUCGGUGAUAUCGGUGACGACGACUUAUAAAAAAUAAAGUCAAACCAUUUGUUUUAUAUAUUAACUAAAUGAUAAUUUUUGCAUUCAAUAACUGUUGGUUUUAAAAUAAUGUAAGAGAGAAAAACAAAGUAUUUUUUAAAUUAAUUUUUUAAAAAUAUAAUUAGUAGGUAUUUGCGGCCAUACAUUACAUACAGAUGCAGACACACACACACACACACACACACACAUACGGUACAUAAAAUUAUACAUAAUUUACUGUAAAUUUUAAAGGUAUUUACAGUAGUAUAUAUCCUUGAAAAAUAUCGACAAAAAUAAUUUUAGUUUUUUUUUUUUAAUAAUUAGUUUAGAUCUACUUAUUU